AUGGCAGACCUCCAAACUCCCACCGAAGCAAUCGCGCUCUCCACCUCAAACCCAGCGACCGAAUACAUCGCCCCGGUCUCGAAAGAAGUAGGCACACAAGUGUCGCUCGUCGAUACGAUCACAAACAUCAAACCCACACCCGCAGCGACGCUCGUGAACGGCAUUAGUGACACGAGCCUUGUCAACGGCAACGGUGUCGCGCCCACACCAACCACACCAUCAAGAGCUGAACCUGCCGUCGCAUCACCCACCACGACAUCUGUGCCAGAAGUCACGAAGGAAGAAACGACCACGACCAACAACAGUGUUGCUGACGAUGAUCUGCCUCUGUUCUCCCCAUCCCUGAUCAGUGACGAAGUCUCGUCCAGUCUGCCGGAGGGAUACUCGAUCCGCCCACUUCGGCGGAGUGACUACCACGGCGGCUUCCUCCCCACCCUCCGCGUACUAACGACAGUGGGCGAACCGACACAAGCCGAAUUCAACUCCCGGUACGACUUCAUCUCCUCACGCAAUGACACAUACUACAUCCUGGUGAUAUGCGAUGAGAGCGGGACGAUUGUGGGCACCGGUGCCGUCAUCGUUGAGCGCAAAUUCAUCCACAAUAUGGGUUUGGUCGGACAUAUUGAAGAUAUUGCCGUCGCGAAGAACCAGCAGGGCAAAAAGCUCGGGUUGCGCAUUAUCCAGGCCUUGGAUGCCGUGGCGGAGAAAGUUGGCUGUUACAAGAGUAUACUCGACUGUAGCGAGGCGAAUGAGGGGUUCUAUGUCAAGUGUGGGUUCAAGCGGGCCGGGUUGGAGAUGGCGCAUUAUUAUGAGAAGGGCCCCAAAACGAGUUAUGAGAGAUCGUGA